AGACGAAGUAACUUGGUACCUAUUAAUUUAACAUCCACAAGAAAGGUUCCUUCGAGAGAGUCGGGUUUUGCUGUUCCUAAGUUUAUGUUUAUCAACAUAUGUAGUCUGGCAAAAACAAAAAAUCGAGUACGAGCUGUAGUUGCACUGGAGGCAGACUUGGUCAAUAACGAUAUAGAUGUAUGUGUGGUGAGCGAGAGUCACCUGAAACCUGAAAUGCCAGAUGCUGUGGUGACCAUUCACAAUUAUUCAAUAUUUAGAAGAGAUAGAAGUUGGGAAGGACGCGAUAUGAGAGCAAAAGGAGGGGUAGCAAUAUAUGUUCGGAACAACUUAAAAGUUAUUGAUAUUUAUCGAUCCAGUUUGUACGAACUUUUUGGUGUCACACUUCUGUUACCUACAGGAAACCGCAUGUUGAUAUAUGGCCUUUAUCACCCACCUAGGCACAAUUAUCCGGAGAGCGACUUAUAGGAUUAUUUGAUAAAUAUUUCUAACGACGUUCUGGACAAAUAUCCAGACAUUGUAAUUGUUUGUGGAGGGGAUUUGAACAGUUUGGACAUAAAACACCUUGAUGAACUACCAGGAUGGGAUGCAAUGGUCGACUUUUCAACAAGGGGUAACGCAUGUUUGAGUAACUGCCUUACAAAUAGAAUAGAUUUGUUCUCAAAAUGUUAUCCUUUACAUAUGUUAACUAAAACAGACCACAUAUAUAGGGGUUAUUCUACCAGCAGGAACGAAACUAAAACCUAUGCGCCGAAAGGUUGAAUUUCGGGAUUGUAGAAAGCAUCGAAAGGAAGAUUUCCACAAAGCUUAUAGCAAAAGAAGAUUGGGAGGAUGUAUCGCAGUCCACGAAUGUAAAUGACGCUGUGAAUUGUCUUGAACGUAAGAUCAUGGAUCAUAUGAAUAAAUGUAUGCCCACAAAAACAGUCUCAAUUUCGUCACGUGACCCUUACUGGAUGAGUCCUUUAAUUAAAUCUUUGCUAAAAUCUAAAUCCAGAAUUGCUCGGUCGCAAAAGGAUAGACUCAGUUUAAUUAACAAAAGGAUUUCUGAUGUCAUUUGUCUAAACAGAAGAAAUUUUAGGGCCUUGGUGGGAAGUAGAACUUGGUGGAGAAAGACGAAUGAUAUUUCUCAGCGAAAUGCAUCGUCAUCAAGAGUUACUUUAGAUAAUGCAUCACUUACAAGAUUAAAUCGCUACUUUGGCGAACUCUGCCACGAUGAUAAUUAUGUCGAACCGACGCUCUCAAUUAUUGGUGAUGAAGUAGAUAUUCCUAGCUUUACGGAACAGCAGGUAUGGAAUGCCUUGAAAAGAAUAAAAAGGACAGCAACAGGUCCCGAUUAUAUUCCCUAUUGGGUUUGGAAUGAUCAUGCGGAAAUUCUAACCGAAGUUAUAACUAACGUCUGGAAUUUGUCCCUUUCAUCACAUACUUGGCCAGAUUCAUGGAAAAGAGCGAAUAUUAACCCUCUUGCAAAAGGUUGAUUUACCAAAGGAAGAUG